UCCUCAUCCUGACUAAGUCCUCAGAACAAACCAAUACUUCCAUCGUCCUACGCUCUCCCCGAUAAUCAACUGCAAUCUCAGCCUCCACCUUCGAAUUGUGCUUCUUAUCCCUCCUCGUUAUCGAAACUGGGCACACUGGGCACCUUCAAGUGAAUUUCUGCCAUCCCUCGCCUGAUCAAAUUUUCUCAACUCCCGAGUUUUUCCCUUUCGACAUAUGGGACAUGAACGCCAUAGCUUGUUAAUCUCAGCUACCUAGUCGCGUCGUUAGAUCUGCCAGAGACGCACUCGCAAGCUUGGACUUUGCUAACCUGCCAACAACAUCUGCUUAAACCAUCACGUCUCCCAACGAUUUCUAUACUUGCUUUUUUGUGAACGUUCCAUACCAUCGAAUGCUUUUUUGAAGACUUUCUUUGAAUAGAAGAUGGCCAGCUAUCCUUACGCGCCGCCCCCUCCACCUCCGGCAGCUUCUGCACCCCCUCCGGGACAGUACCCCUCAUAUAACCAACCACAUUCGUAUAGUACAGGUUCACAUCGUGGUGGUCAAUCUUCGUAUGGUGGAGGUGGGCGAGGUCGAGGUCAUCAUGACUACAAUUCAAGUUCACGUUAUUAUCCCAAGCAGCCGGACUAUGCUCCCCCCCCCCCUGGUGGUCAUUAUACCGCCGCCCCGCAAGCAAGUGCCCCUUGGCAAAGUGCUCCUACAGUAAAUCACUACCCUCCUCACCAACAAAGUGUUCCCCAUCACGCUACUCCUCCGUAUCCUGCUAGUUACAAUCCUCAGGCGUAUAGCACUUCGGUGGGACAAGGGUAUCAACCUCAGUAUCCUAGCACGUCUGCAAGGCCUUCGCAUGGCCCUCCAUAUCCUUAUCCAAAUGAUCAAGCGCAGCGUUGGCCCGACCAAGGCGCGUAUCCACCAUAUUCAACUCGGGGGGGUCGGGGGGGGUUCCAAAGUGACCGAGGUGGCCACAAGCCAGAUAAUUCAAUGAUCCCACCCAACCCCAUGCGAAUGGGCUUUGAACACGGCAGUGACCGUGCUACUCACAGUGCAAGUCCGUAUGGGCCACCUUACCAGUCAAGUCCGGGACCGGGACCAUAUAGUCAGCCUCCCUACAGCUACCCUCCUGCUCCCGAGGCGUCAUAUUCGGCCUCUUCGCAUGCUCCCCAUACUGCUCAUAACUAUGGCACCCGAGGUGGCCGUGAGAGUUUUGGACAUUCAAAUAGAGGUGGUCGGGGAGGACACGGCGGCCGAGGCGAAAAGUUUCGCCACCACCGGGAUCAAAAGCCUCAUGGGUUUAACCCUUCUCAGAAGCCUGAUGCAGCGGUUCACAGCAAAAAGAAGAAGCGAAAGACCAAUACGCUCGGCUUAACACCCGGGGAUGAGAGCAGCGAAGGCGAAGGCGCCGUAGAUGACGAAGAGAAGCGUCUGAGUGAUCUCUUGGGUGCAGACGCUCCAGUAAUUCCGGAUCUGGCUGCUUGGCUAGCUGAGCGCAAGGCUAACUAUCCCACGAAGGCUCGCAUAGAGGCCAAGAAAGCUGCUGCUGCUGCUUCUGCGUCGGUGGCGACAUCUGAAUCUAAAGCUGAUGAAACCCCGAAAGUUGCAACCACACGGAUUGAUAAAGACCAAGCAAAAAUUGAAAGACUUGAGAAAAAAUUAAGUAAGCUUAAGGGGAGUAUCGAGAAGAGAAAAAGAGCAGCCAACGAUGAAGGGGAUGAAAUGCGGGCAGACGAGUCGCCAGGUCUGUCCGACUCAUCAGAUGAUGAACCCGAAGUACAGACAACCUCUAAGCCUGCAACUACCUUCUUACCCCCUCCACCCAUUACACGGGCUGAUCCAUCCAAUCACUGCAAAUACUAUUCUACAGGUGGCACCUGUGGUAAAAAGGGCAAGUGCCGUUUCAAGCAUGAUCCGGCUGUCCGUGAAGCGGCGCUUCAAGAGAGAACCCGUAAUGGGGGCCGCAUGACCCUAAAGCAACGGAUGUUGCUUAAUGAUAAAGAUCACGAAGAUAUGGACGUGGUUAAAGCCAUUCUUGAUAUGCGAGCUAGCGGACGCUUGGUCGAUCCUCAAAGUCUUCAAGUUCGUGCAAAACAUCCCACAGAAGAUCAAGCAGCUACUGUGACGACUCCAUCAACACUUCCUACUACAGCUGGCGUAGCUAGCCUGCCGCCAAAUCCUUUCGCAGCGUCCAAGAAGACAGCUCCGCCAAAGAAAGCCGACCAAGUUGAAUAGCUGUAGCAACAAGCGUCACACUAUUGCCAGACUACACAUUUCAGCGCUUCGCGAUUCUCUAUGAUGAAUCUGUU